AACAAAAAAUGCUAAACAAAAUGAGUCCUUUAGCAAUUUUCUCACUUCUCUUUUUCUUCCUUUUCCACUUAUCAUCAGCAGCAAAUACUAUGUACAAUGUCAAAAACUUUGGAGCAAAAUCCAAUGGAAAAACUGAUUCAUCAAAAGCAUUUCUAAGUGCAUGGGCUGCAGCCUGUGCAUCUACUAGCGCAGCCACUAUUUACGUGCCACGUGGAAGUUACUUGCUUCGCACUGCAUACUUCUAUGGCCAAACAUGCAAGAGCAAGGCUAUUACUAUACGUAUUGAUGGCACUCUCUUAGCUCCCUCUGAUUAUAAUGUAAUUGGAAAUGCUGGAAAUUGGAUCAAAUUCGAAAAAGUUAACGGAGUUUCCAUCUAUGGUGGAACCUUUGAUGGUCAAGGUGAUGGCCUUUGGGCUUGCAAAAACUCCGGCAAGAAUUGUCCCGAAGGCACCACGGCAUUGGCCUUUUACAACUCAAACAACAUCAUAAUCAAUGGAGUAAUAGCACAAAAUAGCCAAAUGUUUCACAUUUUGAUAGAUGGAUGCAAAAACGUGAAACUACAAGGAGUAAAGGUCUCAGCUCCAGGAAACAGCCCUAACACCGACGGAAUUCACGUGCAAUUAUCGACAGGAGUUAGCAUUAUGAACUCUCAUAUUGGUACUGGAGAUGAUUGUAUCUCAAUUGGCCCUGGAAAUUCUAACUUAUGGAUGGAAGGCAUUGCUUGUGGCCCUGGUCAUGGAAUCAGCAUUGGAAGCUUAGGUUGGAAAUUACAAGAGCCAGGAGUCCAAAAUGUGACAAUAAAGAGUGUUACCUUCACUGGAACAGAGAAUGGUGUGAUAGUGAAAACUUGGGCAAGGCCUAGCAAUGGAUUUGUUAAAGGUGUUCUAUUUCAACAUAUAGUUAUGACUGAUGUUCAAAAUCCUAUUAUCAUAGACCAAAAUUACUGCCCUAAUCAUGAAAGUUGUCCUCAUCAGGGAUCAGGCGUGAAGAUAAGUGAUGUAACGUAUCAAGACAUACAUGGAACAUCGGCUACAGAAGUUGGAGUGAAAUUUGAUUGUAGCAAAGUGAAUCCAUGUAGUGGAAUAACACUUGAAAAUGUGAAUCUAAGUUACAAAGAUCGUACAGCUGAAGCUUCAUGUGUUAAUGUUGGAGGAAGAGUUUCUGGUUCAGAAGCACCUAGAAGUUGUUUAUAAAUAAGAAUAAAAAUGCAUAAAAUAUAUAUUUGUAUAAUAUCAUACUGCAUACUUAACAAGCUGAAAGUUGUAAUUACGUCUGCAGAACGAAGCUAGACACUUUAUACAAAUGUUAAAAUGUACUUAGAAAUAGAGAUGAAUGAUAAUGUAUUUUAAUUAAUAGUGUUGUUACAUUAUAUUU